UUCACUCCAUCACUCCAACAGUAGGUGGCGGUAAGCACCAAUGAAGUUGUUUCGCGACCCGCCAUAAACUCCAAAAGAAGAAGAACUAUCACGUGACCUACUCGCUUUGCCCAAAUGACUGUAACGUUCAUGAAAAACUUUUAAGUUAAGAGAAUUUAAGCAGGAGGUGCCCCAUUCAUCAAUGAAGUAAACCUCAGCAUAAAUUAUUUUUAAAAGGAGAAACGGUCUGCUUAUAUUUGACAUUGCUAUUUGGCAGCUUGUGGCCAAGCAUCCUGACUUCAUCGAUAUGAAAGCUGGGAUUAUAAAGCAGGAUCUUGAUUACGGACAUCCGAAUUCAUAAGGCCUGAUGUCUCAGAAGUCCUUUGUUGGAGUUCAAGGUUCAGAUUCCAGCAGAAAGGAGCCUAGUCCUACCAAAAUGUCUCCAGAAACCUUGUUACUAAGCCCAGCGGAGGAGUCAGUAGGGCGCUUUUGCCGUAGAAUGAAAUAUAAAAAGAAAUGUAUUAUUGUGUCAGAUGAAAGCUCUUUAAAUUCUGCUGGUAAACUCCCAAUCUCUCAGCCAUCCAACAGCAGUGAGACAAAUCAAGAGAAAUACAGCUGUAACAUUUGUGGCAUAGAGUAUUGCCGCAAAGGAAACCUGGCGUCUCACAUGCGAAUACACACAGGUGAAACUCCAUACGACUGUAAGCUGUGUGGUAAGUUAUUCCGGCGUUCAGACUACCUAAAGUUGCACAUUAAAGUCCACAUGGGUGAGCAGCAAAAGAGGACCAAGCGCUUUGUGUGUGAACAGUGCGGGAUGAAGUUUGUCACAUCCGGUUUACUCCAAUGUCACAUGUGGAAACACAGCGGUGAAAGGCCGUAUGCCUGCUCGCUCUGUGAGAAAACAUUUUUCAGUACAGUCUUUCUUAAAAGACACAUGAAUGAUUGUCAUUUAGAAGAGAGAUCUUUUACUUGCUCUUUGUGUGGACACAGCUUUAAACGCGUGCAUACGCUUCGGAAACAUAUGCGAAUUCACACCGGAGAGAAACCUUAUUCGUGUUCACAGUGUGGAAAAACGUUUUCUUAUAAAUAUUCACUGAUUUUGCACAAUAAACGGCACUCGUGCAAAGUGUGAUGCACAUUUCUGCACCUGGAAUACAAUUUAUUGUUAUUUCAUGAAUUUCUCUUCUAAUGUCUUCGAUUUGUUUUUCUGAAUCUUAUUUCAGCUGUACCUACAAUGCCAAUAAAGAGAGCUUACUUUUAUUAAA